UAAAACAUGUGGCUAGGAGAACACACUCGACGAAAUGACGAUGAAGCACACAAUAGCUCUAGCUCUGCUUUUGAUACUUAGCUUCCUUUUCACGUAUCUUAUUCUUGUCGCUGUUAAAUCACGACGACGGAGAUCAAGCUCACUGGCACUGGUUCCGGGACCUCCCGGACCUUCGGGAUGGCCCAUAAUCGGAAACCUUCUCCAGAUCAUCGGAAAAGCUCCUCACCGUUCAUUUGCUGAUCUCUCGAGAGUUUAUGGACCAGUCAUGAGUCUUAGGCUUGGAAGUUUAACCAAAGUGGUCAUUUCUUCACCAGAUGCAGCAAGAGAGGUUCUUUAAACGCUUGACCAUGUCUUAUCCGGGCAAACCUUUAGCAAGACGGUUCGAGCCUUCGGCCACCACGAAGUCUCCGUAGCAUGGCUACCUUCGACGUCGUCUCGUUGGAGGUUAUGGAUACUGGCGACAAAACUUUUCUCACGGGAGCAUCACAAAGCCACGAAGUCCGUAAGGUCGAAGAAAGCGAAAGAACUUGUAACAUUUCAUUAUCCAAAGAGGCGAACGAGGCUUCUCCGUCGACAUUGCUCGUACGUGCGUGCUUCAUCACGUCGCUUAAUGUAGACUCAAACGUUGUGUUUUCGAUCGACUUAGGUAGUUACGAUCCGAGAGCCUCCACGGAGCUCCAAGACUCCUUGUCUCGUAUGAUGAAAACAAUGGGGAAACCGAACCUCGCAAAUUAUUUUCCGUCUCUUGAGUUUCUUGAUCUACAGGGUAUCCGGAAAGAGAUGAAGGUCAUGUGUUCGGAGAGGUUGUUUCAGGUUUUUCAAGGCCUCAUCGAUGCUCGGAUCGCGGAAAGAUCAUCGCAGAUUGGACCUAGAGUCGAUGCACUGAGAGGCGAUUUGUUGGAUUCAGUGAUCGAUCUUAUUCAAGAAGAGGGAUCGGAAGUCGACAUGAAUGAUAUCAAACACUUUUUAUGCAGGUUAAGGCAUUACUCUGAACCUAUCAAGAAAAUGGUGUAUAAAAUUAAGGAACUUGGCAAGAGAAUCAACGAUCUAUCUGGGUAUGUGCACAUUCUUUACUCAUUAAGUGUUGGGCUUAUAUUGAUUACUGAAUUUUGCUUAUUGGUUGUGAUAUAUGGUUAUUGGGAUGCUUAUAUGGAUACUUGCAGGUAUCAAGAAGUUUGAUAAAAAAAUCUUGCUUGUAUGAUAAAAAGGUUGUCUCUGUUUGUCCUUUUUCGUUUUUGUUUACUUUAGAAUGUGUUGUUCCAUGAUUACUUCUUAAAAUCUUAAGUUAAUUAGUUUUGGAUUUAGUUGUUGUGCUCAUCUUCAUUGAAAGGCUGUGAACUUCAAAGAAGAAGAAGAAGAAGGAAUGCAAAGUGUACGUGGCCAUAGCAACCAUGAGUUUUUUCGUUAUCUCAUUUGAUUGCUUUGUAUUUUGUUUUCCUCUUUAGAGAUAAUUUGUUCCUUGUUUCAUUGAAUUUUUAUGUUAAAAUUUUAUAUCAAUAAAAUGAUUU